UCCUCUCCACCGCCCGCGGUGCGCCGGUCUCUCCCGGAGACCGCGCCGGCCGCGAGCAGGUCGAGCGAGGCAGGUCCGCCCCGCGAAGGCCGCCGCCGGUCCGGCCAACGGCGCCAGCUCCUCCACCGCCUGACGCUGCCCGGUCCUCCACCGCCCGACGCCGCCAGCUCCAACGCACGGACGAGGUGCUCCCAAGUCCGCCACCCCAAGGUGCAUCUCCGGCCCUCAGGUCCGCCGCUCCAAGGGGAAUGGAUGUAGAGGGUGUUUCAGGGACUGCUGGUCAUGCUACUUGGGCUCCCACUUGGUCAGCCUACAUGCUUGAAUACCUUGCAAAUUUAGUGGUUAGUGGCACCAAGACUUCAUCCACCUUCAAGAUGGUUCACUACAAUGGGUGUGCAAAGUCUCUCCAACAGAAAUUUGGCAUUGUGUGCAGUGGUGACCAGGUUAAGAACCACCUUAAGACAUGGCAAAAGAAGUUUCGUAAAGUAUGUUAUCUUCGUGGGUUGAGUGCUGCUGGUUGGGAUGAAGAUACCUACACUAUAACUCUUGAUGAUGAGCACUACAACAAUCAUAUUAAGGAUCACAAGGGUGAUGCUGAUUUUCUAAACAAGCCUAUUCAACACUUUGUGGAGAUGAACACAAUAUUUGGGAGCACCAUGGCUACAGGCAGGUUUGCAAAGGACUCAAGUGUGCCUCUAGGUACACAGGAAGAAAGUACAGAUGACUGGGACACCGAGGUGCAGAGGAUGAAGGUACAGAGUGAUAGGGGUGCAACUCAAGAUGACAAUGUGGCGACUUCAUCAGCUAGCAAGGCCACGAAUCCUAAGAAGAAGGGGGAAAGAAGAGGGCUAGGACUGACCAAGAUCCAUUGGUGGCUGCAAUUAAAUGGGGAAGUGUCAAGUUAGCCAAGGCAAUAAAGGAAGCGGGAAAAUCUGACAAUGAUGUGCCGUCUGAUUUGUAUGACAACGUGAUGGGUAUGCCUAGUUUCAAUUCCACUCACUUAUCCUUCUACCAUUCCUACUUGGUCCAAAAUCCUCACAUAGCAAGAGCUUUCAACUCCUUGCCUUUUGAACAUAAACUCAUUGGGUUGCAAAGCACGUUGCUGACAACUACCCUGAUGCUGCUAACAACUUUUCUGAUCCUGAUCAGUAAGGUUGUAAUCAUGUGAUGGUUCUUUUGUUAGUACCACAUAGAACUUUAUAUCUGUGGUCUAAGUAAGCUUGUACCUUGCUAUGUGAAAGCCUUGAACUUUCUAUAUAUUGUGUAAGACUUGAACUUAAUGCAUUGUACAGAGUGAUUUGAAAUGUAGGGAGUAUAUAGUUUGUACUAUAUGAAGAUACUUCCGUGGGCACAUCCCAGCGGCCUUGUUUGGUUCUCAAAAUAUUUUGCAAAAUUUUUCAGAUUCUCCGUCACAUCAAAUCUUUAGACG